UGUAAGAAACAAAAAAAUCAGCUUAUUAAUUUGGAGAUCCACUAAAUUCAAGAGAAAAAAAACAUGCCAAGAGAUCCACUAAUAGUUUCUGGAGUUAUAGGAGAUGUUGUGGAUCCAUUCACAAGGUGUGUAGACUUUGGUGUAGUUUACAACAAUAGGGUGGUCUACAAUGGAUGUGCCUUGAGGCCUUCACAAGUUGUCAACCAACCCAGGGUUGAUAUUGGUGGAGACGAUCUUCGCACUUUUUACACUCUGAUUAUGGUGGAUCCUGAUGCUCCAAACCCUAGUAAUCCUAACCUGAGGGAAUAUUUGCACUGGCUGGUCACAGAUAUCCCAGCAACCACAGGGGCAACCUUUGGCAAUGAAGUCGUACGCUACGAGAGCCCAUGUCCAUCGAUGGGUAUCCAUCGCUAUAUUUUCGUGUUGUUCCGGCAAUUGGGCCGAGAGGCCAUCAAUGCGCCGGACAUAAUUGAUUCUCGUCAAAAUUUUAACACAAGAGACUUUGCGAGGUUUCAUAAUCUCGGUUCGCCUGUUGCUGCUAUUUACUUCAAUUGCAAUAGGGAGGGUGGUAUCGGUGGCCGUCGCCUAUAAAUUUCAUUUAUACAUUUGAAUUAAGUCUUGUUACAAUUGAAUAUUUCGGCUCCUAAUAAGUUGUUACAAUUAGAUAUUUUUUAUUCAAAUUUUUAAGAAAAAAAUGCGCAUGUUUUCAUUCGUUCAUUAGAUAGUUACGUUAAUCACAAAAAAUAUGUCAUCACUUUUAAUUAUAUAUAUGCAU